CAGGACUCAGCAGCAGGAAUGGGCUAGGAGCUGGGGCCUUCCCAGGAGUUGGAGCCCAGCCAGGCUUAGGAGGGGGCAUGAAACCUCAGAAACCAGGUGAGACAGAGACCCUGCCCUUCCGUCCCACCAUCUUAAUUCUGUCCCUGUCCAUCCCUGUCCUUGUCCCCAUCCCAAGUCCUCCCCCAAUCCACUGCUCACAUAUGGCUUUUCCUCUCCAGGACAGGGCAUGGGCCAUGGCCUGGGGGCCCAGCCAGGUGAGGGUGGCUAGGGCCCAGGCUGCUGGGGGAGGGAGAGAUCACUGCUGGCCACCACUCUGGGCUCCUAACAGGGGGCCUCUUAGAGGCUCACUCAUUCCACCAACUUUCCCAAGUGCCUGCCUGAGCCCGACCUUGGCUGCACACUGCAGACCGAGCCGGUCAACCCUGACCUGGCUGCAGACCCGCUGGGCCCAGUGCCCAAGCCAGGACCCCCAGGUGCUGUUGCAGGCUGUGGUCAGGACUGGGGGACAAUCCACCAGAGGUGGAAAGCCAGAGGACACAGCCCGAUGCUGGAGGCCUGGGGGGACUUGAACCUGGCAGUGGGACACACCUUUGUGGUUUUAAGCAGGGAGCAAAAGACCUUGUCUACCUGGAGUAGGCAGGGGUUGGAGAACUUGGGGAGGAGUCUGCUGGUGUUUCUGGGUGGGGGGUGGGCUUGGGUCCUGGCAUCCAGAGAGGGAGCAGGGAGGAGCGAGGAUGUUAAGACCCCAGGAAUCUUCUGGGCCAGAGGGUUGGAGGAAGGCUGGAUCUGGGAUCCCAUCUCUCAACCGCCUCAGUCUCCCCAGCCCUUUUCCUAUCACAGGUCCCCCCAGUGAGCUCCCCACCCCUCUUGUGAACCUAGCUAGGUUGAAUGGAGGGAUGUUGAAGGGGAGGGCAGGGGUCUGGGUAGGCGGGGAGGCUGGGGCUCACUCUCACUUCAGUGCCAUCCAGAUUUCCUGUGUCACACCCACCCCCCCAUAGGUCUCAUAGCUCUAAAUGGCUUUGGACCAGGUAGAGAGGGGACCAGGGCUGAGUUGGGGGGGCGGAGACCCAAAGGUGGGGGUUUCUGGAAAGGAAAACGCCAGAAGCUAGGUGAGCCAUGCUCUGCUCUGUUGGGCUCUGUCUGUCAUCUCUGCAUCUGUGCUCCUGAUCUCUCAGGAGUCCUGAGACUCCUGAUCUCGCCUGAGUCCCUGAUCUCUCCUCAGGCCUCUUGCUCUGUCUCCCCAGGGUUUGGGACCGGGAAUGGAGCCCAGCCGGGUGCGACCCCAGAGCUCUAGGGGUGCAGGGCUCACCGAGGGGGUGGCUGAUGCAGGGGUGGAGGUGCUGUCCCUAGCUCUGAGGGGACGGGGAUCCGGGUGGACUCACUGGACAGUCUCCUUCUCUUCCCCAGGCCUCUGAGAACUGAAAUCUCAGAAGCCAGGUGAGACCCGCCCUCCCAUCUGGCGUCACACAACAAAUACUCCUUCAACAAACAUCCCCAGGGCAGCCCAGCCAGGUGGGGUGGCAGGCCUUCCCGAGCCUGGGCAGCAGGAGGAGGCAGGCAGGAAAGAAGCGUGAAUGUAACGGGGGCAUAUUCUGGGGAGGUGGAGGCAGAGGCGGGGGCCCGCUGGCCGUGCCCCACUGAAAAUCUUGAGCUGGGGCAUCUGAGAGAGGACCAGAGAGGGUACAGGCUCUGGAAAUGGCUGGGGGCCAAGGAGGCGGGAGCUCAUGCCCAGAGCAGAGCAUGUGGUUGGUAAGGGGACGUCAAGGUGUCCACCUUCCUGGCUGGUUGGUGUGGGUGGUGGUGGUGACACCAACCAGACGGGACUCAGGCAGCUGGGAUGGCGUUCAAGCUCCACAGGGAGGCUGGACCCCAGGAGGAGGCCGAGGCCCCGGCUGGGGGUGGGGUGGGGGGGGAGAGCUAAAGGACCUUUCUUUGUGCAGGGGCCUCAGAGAGGCUGUACCCAGAGCCCCUGUCUCCUGCCCCCAGGCCCUGCAGCUCAAAAUGGCUAUGUAGCAGGCAGGGGUGGGCCUGCCUGGAGAUGCUAGGGAGGUCCAGGGAUGGGGCCAGGAGCCCUAACCUGCCCCCCGUCUCUCCACCAGGCUUCGGAGCUAGUGUGAGACCCCAGAAGCCAAGUGAGCCUUGUCCGGGCAUGUCUCUCCACCUCCCUGCAAACCCUAAUCUCCCCUCCCCCUAUUCACACACCCGUCUCCAUCUGUCCCCCCAGGAUUUGGGAAUAGCUACAGGCUGGGAGCCCAGCCAGGUGAGACUGGUGGGCUCUGGGGUGUGGUCCACAUCUAGGCAUUCUCUCCCAUCUCCCAGGCCUUCAAGAGGCAGGACUGGUGAAGGAUUAAGAGGGUGUCGGGGAGAGCCUCCAGGGUUCUGGCUUGGCUCUGUACGGGGGAUCACAAAUCCUUGCCUCUAACUUAGCCAGGGUCCCCAACCCCCUGCUCAUCCCUCCAUCCCUCACAGGCCCCCCAGCUCAGAACUGAGGGGUUGGGAGAAGCUGGAGGCUGGGCGAGGAGGAGAGAGGAGGGGGCGAGGUGGUCCCCACCCAGACUCUGUUCUGAGGGUCCUCUCCUGGGCUCCUUGGAGAGGGCAGAGUUGGUAAUGGAAUGCAGCAGAGGAGGCUCCAAGUUUUCUGGUCCCUAAACUGGGAGGAAAGGGAAGCCCAGUUUCUGGCCUCCUGUGUUCCUCAACCCCUCCCCACCCCCCCCCACACCUCCUGCCCAUGCCCACAGGGUCUGCGGUUCCCAUGCUACGGACCAGGUACAGGAGUGGGUGCUGGGGGCAGAUGCCAGGGUUCUGGAGGAGAGGCUCAGAGGGGGGUCAUGGGUCCCUUACCUGCUCCCAUCUCUUUCUUCUCCAGGCAUUGCUAGGCCAUGAAGCCUCAGAAGCCAGUUUAUAGGAAUGGGCUGGGAGUUGGAGCCUUCCCAGGUGAAGGGCCCCAGCCAGGCCUGGGAGGGGGCUUGAGCCCUCCGAAGCCAGGUCUGGGAGGGGGUUUGAAACCUCAGAAACCAGGUGAGCCAGAGCCCUCCCCAUCCCUGUCCUGCACCUCCUCCUGCUGUCCUUCCAGAACCCCCCUGCCCAAUACUGUCCCUCACAUCCCUGCUUUUCCUCUCCAGGAUAUGGCAAUGGCAAUGGGCUGGGGGCCCAGCCAGUUCCUACUCCAGCCAUCCAGUGGGGGCCGAAACCUCAGGAAGCAGGUGUGCAUCUGCCUUCCCUGCCCCACCCCAUACCAGAUCAGAUCAUUCCUCCAUCUCCCUUGUUCCCUGGGUCAUCUCAGGUGUUCAGGCACUUUAAGGGCCAGGAAGUCCCUCUCCGAGUCUACCCUUGGUAUCUCUUGCUGCUUUCAUAUCUCAUUUCUUCUGGUUCCAUUCCCUGUGGAUGAGGAGAGUCCCUUACUCCUCAGAGUCUGGAAGGUCCAUACUGGGCCCCCAAGGAGUUUGGGAAAGUCUGGGUCCUCCCUGCUCAUCUCCAUUCCCCUCACAGGGUACCAGCCUCCGAAUGGCUACAGACCAGGAGCAGAACUGGGCUUUGGUGGUGGCCUCAAGCCCCAGAAAGUCGGUGAGCCCCCGGGUCCCCAUCUUGGGCAUGAGCUAUGUCUCCCUCACAGUUUUGGUUACAGGAAUGGUGGUCUGGGAUCCGGGGUCUUCCCUGAGGCCCGCGCACAGCCAGGGUUCCCUGGGACUGAUGGCUUUUGGAAUGGGUAUGAGAGGGCAGCAGUUGUGCGCCCCAAUGUGGCUGCUCCAGCCCCUGGAGGAAAUGGUCAGGCCGGGGCCCCGAGGGGCUCUCCCUGGCCCUCCCUCCAGCCCUGGGGGGCCAACUUGAGGCCUAGAUAUGGGGCCAGAGGUGCAUAUCCAGAGGUCAGGAGCCAGCCAGGGCCCUAUGGGCAGCUGAGGCCAGAGCUGGGCCCUGGGCCCUUAGGUGAGUGGGGGUCUCCCAGGGCCUGGGGUAAAGCUGGGGUGGGCAGGAGGACUGCGAAGUCGUCUGGUGACUGGGGUGCCCUGGCUUGUCUGUGUGCCUUAGGGGGCCCUGAGGUGAAGCGAGGCAGCAAUGGCCUGAUGGGAAAUGGCUAUGGAGGUGAGAGGGAAUGCAGGGCCCCUGCCCCCACUCAUCCCAUGCCACCAUUGUUGCCCCUCCAGGCUGCACUGGGGGACACCCCCAGCCCUCGGGGGGGGACAUAUAGCCAGCUCUCAGGCUACCUGUGUGUGUCUGCUGGGUGACUGGCCUCAGAGGCCAGGGGAGGGAGAGGACUCAUGUCCCCCAGGAGGUAAGGAGGGAGACAGGGCUCACCACGGCCCUGCUCUGCCUCUUCCCAGGCUGCUGCCCUCUUGGGAAAUGCUGAGCUCCAGAGCAGAUUUACUGCCCACUCUGAGCUCCUCUGUAUCAGAGCCUGGUCUGCCUGGCGAGGCUGGCCAGACCCUCGGGCUUGGCCUCUGGCCUGGGGUCUCCUGUGGGCUGGAACUAUCAAUAAAGGCAAUGUGCUUCCCUGUUUGCCUCUGUGGGCUGUGUGCAGGGGAUCACUGUCUGGGUUGGGGGCCAGCUGGGGGCCCCUUAUUCAUUCCUUCAACAAACAUCAACACAGCUGUGUGCCAGGGGCUGUGCUUCAGAUGGGAGAGAUGUGAGAACUCAGGCCUGCCCUUGGGGAGGGGGGCAUCACGUGGUCACAAUCUGGCGAUGGAGCCAUGUCCAAGUUAGGGGACUUGUGCGUCAUUUGUGUUUUAAUUUAUAAUUAACUUAUUAAAAUGAUCCAACUAAAAAUCUCAUUUUCCUUAAGCCAUUAUACUUGCUUCCAGACCUCAUUUUAUUGAUUGACCUUAUAAUGUGGAUGUAAAACUCACUUCACAUUCUUUGAUUAGUACUCAAUUAGAUUAUAAAUUUGACAGAUCAGCUUCUCCCUAAAUAUUUAGCAUGCUUUACAAGCCUGAUUAAUUCAAUUCCCUUAGACACUUCAAAUAAUUACACACAUAAUCUACUUGAUCUCUUAACAAGGUGAGGGGGUGGCGUACGUGUGUACAAAUCCAACCAGCAACUUCUUCCUAAGCACUUAAGGGGCUUUUGGAAAUGAGCCCCUCUUGGAAAUGAAUAAAUUAGACAUUUAAUAUCUCAGAUUACUGAACACUUUCAAACAUUUUAAAAAGCCAGUUACUAAUCCAAUGUCAAUAAUCAGUGCUACUGGAUUGCUUCGUUUUCUCAUCCCGUGAUUAUAAGUUUAAUCACCCAGAAAUGUGGAAGCAAAUUACUCUCCUAGGCUGGGUCCAGAAUGGAGGUUGCACAAUUGGGGAUUGAUCUGCUAUUCUGAACUUUGACCAAGGGCUUGGCUAGUCCUGGAACCAGUCUCUUUGAGACUCUGUUCUGAGCUGUGCCUUCCCAAGCCUACACCUUUUGCAAUCUGGUGAAGUUUUGUCUUAACUGAAGAAUUCCAGCUGAAUAGAGUUGAGGGGAUUUGGCACCCUAUGAGGAACUCAGCUUGUCUUUCUGUGGCCUGAUUUAGGAUAACAAGUGUAGACCAAAAUCUGACUGCAGUAUGCACAAGGUUUUGGGUUGAACAACCUUGAGGAGUGUAAAUGCAUAAACAUUAUUGGAAUUCCAGACUGAUUUCUCUUAGCCUACCUCAUUUAAUUUGCUCUAUUUGAGAAUCAUUAUAGACUUUUGUU